AUGAAGGAAAAUAAAGAGAACUCGAGCCCUUCGGUGGCGUCUGGCACGUUGGACCCUGCCAAGCCCUGCUGGUAUUGGGACAAGAAGGACUUGGCUCACACCCCUUCUCAGCAGGAAGGCCUUGACCCGGCCACUGAAGCCAGAUACAGAAGAGAAGGAGCUCGGUUUAUCUUCGAUGUUGGAACACGGCUGGGGCUACAUUAUGACACUCUAGCUACUGGAAUUAUAUAUUUUCAUCGAUUCUAUAUGUUUCAUUCCUUUAAACAAUUUGCAAGAUAUGUAACCGGUGCCUGCUGUCUGUUCCUGGCUGGUAAGGUGGAAGAAACACCAAAGAAAUGUAAAGAUAUAAUAAAGACCGCUCGAAGCUUGUUAAAUGAUGUGCAGUUUGGACAGUUUGGGGAUGAUCCAAAGGAAGAAGUGAUGGUUCUAGAAAGGAUCCUUCUACAAACCAUCAAGUUUGACUUACAGGUGGAACAUCCCUAUCAGUUUCUCCUAAAGUAUGCCAAACAGCUGAAAGGAGACAAGAACAAAAUCCAGAAGUUGGUGCAGAUGGCAUGGACGUUUGUUAAUGACAGCCUGUGCACUACGCUGUCCUUGCAAUGGGAGCCGGAGAUCAUUGCUGUAGCAGUCAUGUAUCUUGCUGGAAGAUUGUGUAAAUUUGAGAUACAGGAGUGGACGUCAAAGCCAAUGUAUAGGAGGUGGUGGGAGCAGUUUGUCCAAGAUGUGCCAGUCGAUGUUCUAGAAGACAUCUGUCACCAGAUCCUAGAUUUAUACUCUCAAGGAAAACAGCAGAUGCCGCACCAUGGAGCCCCGCAGCCUUCACCCCAGGUACAGGCACAGAUUGCAGCUGUACAGCCUCAGCUCACGUCACAGAACUCCGACUCUCAAGCAGCUCAGGCAAAGGACCCGCGCAGCAGCAACAAACGACAGCACAGCAAGCUAAGAAACCAUCUCCGCAGUCCAGCCCCACCGAAACAGACCAAACGGCCUCUGCCCACAUCACCCAAAGAAGAAGGAAAAACACAGGAGCAACCAUUAAGUAAAAUGUCUAAAAUUGAGCCUUCUCUCCCACCGUUACCACCUGUCCUUACACCAUCAGAGAGAAAACCUCCUCUGGUGCCUGGAAUCGUGGCAGCAGAGGGAGAUCCCAUCAGUGUUCCAGAAACUGCUGAUUUGACAAAACUUACAAUUCCACCACCUGCUCUUCCUGCUGCUGUUCAUCAGCCACCUCCUAUACCACACCGACCACCACCUCCACCAUCUAGUUACAUCACUGGUAUGUCUACAACCAGCUCCUAUAUGUCUGGGGAAGGGUACCAGAGCCUCCAAUCUAUGAUGAAGACAGAUGGACCAACUUAUGGAACUUUGCCCCCUUCUACAUUCCCACCUCCUAACAUUCCUCCUCCAGCUCCAGGAUACCCACCUCCUCCUGCUUACAACCCCAACUUCCCCCCGCCUAGACUUCCCCCAACUCAUACUGUUCCAAAUCACCCACCGCCAGGAAUUGGUUUACCACCAACAAGCUAUCCACCUCCUACUGUGCCACCCGGAGGCCAGCCUCCAGUCCCUCCUCCUAUUCCACCACCAGGGAUGCCUCCGGUUGCAGGUCUAGGCCGGGCAGCCUGGAUGAGAUAG